AUGACGAACGCUGUGCCGGCGGCGGCGCUGUUUGUGCCGACGCUGCCGACACUCCCUGCGGCAGCUGCAGGAAGAGAAUUUGAAGUAAGCGCAGGGUACCUUGGCGCACGCGCUGCGCCCGACCGGGGCGGCCCGCCCCGCGAUAAUGCGCACCUGUACUUUAUGCUGCACCGCGCAAUUCACACGCCCACGCAGCGGAAGCUGAUCGUGUGGAUGAAUGGCGGUCCAGGGUGCUCGAGCUUUGAUGGUGCGAUGAUGGAGGUUGGCGCGUGGCGCUUCCGCGAUUCGCAGCUUGUUUGGACACAGCGUGGCGGCGGCUGGAACGAGUUUGCCGACGUGCUGUACCUGGACCAGCCUGUCGGCACAGGCUACUCGUUUGUGGAGAACGAUGCGUACGCAUCCUCGUUUGAACAGGUCACGAAAGAGUUUGUGUUUGCAAUGGAGCAAUUUGUGGAAAUAUAUCCCGAGUAUGCAUACGCAAGACACGGAGAACAUGGCCCGGGCGGCGCGGUGGAUGUGUACCUUGCCGGCGAGAGCUAUGCCGGGCAGUUUAUUCCGUACUUUGCGGAUGCACUCCUGAAAGCCAAGUCGUCUUCGCCGUUUAUGCUGCGUGGCAUCGCUAUCGGGAAUGGUUACAUGGAUCCCGUAUCGCAGUACGGCACAGAAGUCGAGACCAUGGUCCAGCAAGGGAUCUGGAAAGCCGGUGGCGCUGAAGUGCGGACAAUGGAGCCGGUCGUUGCAGCAUGCCGCGCUGCGAUUGCCAAGGAUGCUGUGCCGCGCAUUGGAUACCCCGUCUGCGACGAUAUUUUGUACCGGAUCAUGAACAUCACCUCGCAGACGAUCGAUGGCCAGCAGUACUGCGUAAAUACGUACGACUUGCGGCGCACCGAUACGUUCCCGGCAUGUGGACGCAACUGGCCGCGUGAGAUGGCGCCUGUUACGUCCUACUUGCGCCGCGAAGACGUGCGAGAAAGCCUGCACAUCGACCCGGUCAAGGCCGAGGCGUGGGUCGAGUGCAGUCCCAAAGUCAGCCGCACACUCGCGGCACACGCAGAAAAAGCGGCGAGCAGUGUGACACUGUUGCCGGGUCUGCUCGAGGCAGGACUCCCUGUGCUCAUUUUUGCCGGGGACAAGGAUCUUAUUUGUAACGCACUUGGGCUCGAGCGCAUGGUGCAUGCUUUACGGAUACAUGACGAGCCUGUACUGAACCAGACGCAUGCCCAGAGCUGGCGCAUCAACGGGGACCUUGUGGGAACGUGGCAGAGUGCAAAGAAUCUGACCUAUGCAAAGAUUGCCAAUGCCUCCCACAUGGUGGGCUACGAUCGUCCGUUUGCCGCACACGAUAUGAUGCUGCGGUUCAUGCAUGUAGACAUGAAUCUUCCCGCGAAUGCUGCAGCGCUGAAUACUAGCACCGUGGGUUUGGACGCGAGGGUGCUUGUGCCGGACUAUGGCAAGACGCGCUUGGGUGUGCAUCCAGCGGCGCGAGAAAAUGUCUCUGUCGCGCAAGAAGCGGCGGCGGCGGCGCCGCCGCCGCCGCCGCCGCUGCCGACAGAGCAUCUGGCCGCGUACGGCGACUGGGCAGGGAACGGGUUUGUUAUUUUCCUGAUUGCAAUGGCCGUGCUCUUGUGCCUUGCACUGCGACGCAGGAGUCGGUCCAUGACGCAGUCGUACCAGGCGGUGGGACAGCAUGUCGUUGCUGGAUUGCCGUCCUCAGAGCGCGCAACGGCACAAGAACAUGCAGAAGAGAGUGUGGUGGAGAUGGAGCCAUUCAUGCUCGGCGACGAAGACGAUGUGAAAUAG